AUGUCUCGUAACACCAAUCCAUCCGAUGAAGAAAAUAUCAAUCCUACCGCGAAUGCAGCGGCGGCAACAACAUCAGCCCCUGCACCGGCAAAGAAAUCAUGGAUCCCGGCAGGCUUGGGAGGAAGCAGCAAGCAUGGCGACACCAUCGACAUUCCUCUCGAGGAUCCGAAGAAGCGGGAAAGAGAGCUGUUGUCAUGGGAGCAGGAUUUGAAGAGGCGAGAACGGGAUAUUAAACAAAGGGAGGAUGCGAUGAACAGAGCCGGUGUCACUGUCGAACUGAAAAAUUGGCCGCAGUUCUUCCCCAUCAUACAUCAUGAUAUAGCCAACGAAAUACCAAUUCAUGCUCAAAAGUUGCAAUAUACAGCAUUUGCUAGUUGGCUAGGAUUCGCUGCCUGUCUCGGUUGGAACGUGUUCUCUGUUUUAAUCGAAUCAGUUCAUAGCGAUGAUAUUGUUAUUUUUCUCCUCGCUGUCAUCUAUGCAAUAUCUGGAUGUCCUCUUUCAUAUAUACUGUGGUACAGGCCUCUGUACCGUGCGAUGAGAACUGAUAGCAUGGUGAACUUUAGCCAGUUUUUCGUCUUCUACUCGAUGCAUGUUGGAUUUUGUGUCAUUGCUGCAGUUGCUCCUCCAAUAAUAUUUAGGGGAAAAGCUCUCACGGGAAUUCUUGUUGCUAUCGAAGUUUUAACUGGAGAUAUGUUUGUUGGGGCACUUUAUUUAAUUGGUUUUGCAUUCUUUACCUUGGAAUCACUUAUAAGCAUCUGGGUGCUUCAGAGAGUAUACAUGUAUUUCAGAGGGCACAGGUGA